AUGAACGAACAAAAUGAUGUAAUAAAACAUUCUGAUUUCCAUUUGUCCAAACAUGGUAAUAAACGAAUCAGAAUUAACAAAUUUAAUGAUAAUGUAAAAUAUAUAAUUUCAAGAUUUACAAAUCAUAAUGAAAUUGAUAGAUUGCCCCCUCCUGUAACAUUCAUAGAAAACGAUACACCCAAUUAUUGGCUACUGAAAAACACAUCCACAGAUAAAUGCAAAAUAAAUCAUAAAUCUUAUGUAUCUAAAAAAUGUAAUUUAAAUACAGAUGUAUUCUUUGUUUUAAUUGAAAAUGAAGAGUAUUCAGAAUUAUACCCUGUUUCAAAUUGGCAAGUUUUUGAACCCGAUUUGUCAGAAAAGUCACUAAAUGUAUAUAAUGCAGAUAUUACACAAAAUAAAUUAAAAAUAGAAAAAAAUAAUAAAAGAUUAGAUGAAAUUAUUGAAAGAUUAAAAAAUAAAGAAGAAAUUAUGAAAACUAAUUUAAAAACAAAAGAUAUAUCUAAAAAAAAAACACUUAUAAAUAAUCAUGAUAAUAUAUCUAAUACUACAUCUGUACAUUCUGGUAAAAACUUCAAAAAUUAUUACUCCUCUUCUGAUGAUGAUUUAGGACUAAAAAAACAAGAAAAAAAAAGAUUAAAAAAUUUAUAUAAAUUAAAAAAAAGAGAAAAUAAAGAUGAAAUCGAUUAUGUUGAUUCAGCUUUAUCUAUAACAGAAAUUAGAAAAAAUAAAUCAACUUGGGAUUAUAAUGAUGAUGGAAAAAGAAGUGAUGAUGAAGAUUUAUAUAUCCAAGAAUCUGCACAUGAAUUUUUUGAUGAUGAAGAUGAAAAUGAAGAAUCAGAUAACAACUCUGGAAAUGAAGAAUCUAUAUUAACAUCAUAUGGCCAAGCUAUGAAAUCAUUAUUAAAACAACAAAUAAAUGAUGAAGAAGAUGAAGAAUUAAACCAAUAUUCUGAUGAUGAAGAUGAAGAAGAAGAAGAUGAUGACGAUGAUGAUGAUGAUGAUGAUGAAGAAGUAAAUAAACAAGACACUAAUUCAAUAAUGAAAGAUAAAAAUAUUAUAAAAAAAAGAAAUAUAGAAAAUAAAUCACAAAUUGGUAUUGAUCAUGUUAGAAAUAAAGGAAACAAAAUUAAUAAAAAAAGAAAAAAUAAUAAUCCUGAUAUUGAUACAAAUAAUAAAUUUGAUAGUGAAAAAGAUGAAGAAGAUGAAGAUGAUGAUGAAGAAGAUGAAGAUGAAGAUGAUGAAGAUGAAGAUGAUUAUAAUAAUAAUAGAGGACGUACAAAUAUUAAAAAUGAAACAAAUGAAAAAAAUGAAACUAAUAAAAUACAUAAUAUUAAUGAAUAUAUAAAAGAAAAAAUUAGAAAAAAUGAAAUACAAUUAAAAAAAGAAAAUUGUGCUAAAAUUUUAUUAAAAAUUAUUGAAAAAAAUAAUGGAAAAAUGGAUAUAUUAACUUUAUUAGAUAUUUUAAACAUAAAAGAAAAAAAUCAAAAUUUCAUACUUGUACAAAAAUAUAUAAAAGAAUUAUGUAUUAUUAGUUCUCAAACAGUAAAUAAUAAAAAGGUUAAAAUGGUAGCAGUCAAGCCAAAGUAUCUAUCGAAGAAAUGA